CAUCACAUUAAACAAAACGUCACUUCAAAACGAAAGCUCCGAUAAAUUAAUUUUGAUAACUCGACUAAGUAAAAUAAAUUAAAUGCUUAAUUUCGUCUACAUUAGUGUAUUUUAGAAUAGAAAUAUAAUUAUUAAAGUAAAUGUUAUUAGUAUUAAAUAGAAACGGUCAUUAAAUAAUACAAACUUCCUAUGUAUAAGCUUUAGAGAGUGUCAAAAGAGAGAAAGAUCAACAGAACCACUGAAAGCAACAAAUAUAAUACACAAAAGUUUAAACAAGACCUAAAAGCAGUUCUACUCGUUCGCAGACACCAAUAACAACACGUAUGCAAGUUAAUAUAAACUUACAAAUUAGAGAAACACAUAUAACUGCUUAGAUAUAAUGAUACCGUUAACGCACAAGGAUCGGAGCAAUUUUAGCUAUCGUAUCAAGGAAAAAUUGAACGGUUGGAAGCGUCUCAUAUUUUCGGAUCGCAAUUCAAGAAAUCUUUUUCUCUUCCUGUUACUUAAUUUAAGUUUUGCCUUCGUGGAACUAUUUUAUGGCAUAUGGACAAAUAGUUUAGGGCUUAUAUCGGACUCAUUUCAUAUGUUCUUUGAUUGUACCGGUCUGUUGGCUGGAUUAGCUGCUUCGGUGAUUACUAAGUGGAAAGCAAAUGAUAAAUUCUCUUACGGCUAUGUGCGCGCAGAAGUGUUAGCAGGCUUCGUUAACAGUCUUUUUUUACUGUUCAUCGCUUUCUUCAUUCUAUCAGAAGGUGUUGAACGCUUAAUUGAACCACCAGAGGUGAAACACGAAAGACUGUUUGUAGUAUCAGUACUAGGGCUGCUAGUGAAUCUCGUUGGUAUAUAUGCGUUUCAACACGGACAUGGUCAUUCCCACGGAGGGGGCGGUGGACAUGGUCACUCUCACGGCGGUGGUGGUCAUGGGCAUUCUCAUGGUAUAAACAAUCACAUUGAUAUAAAUAAUCACAAUCAACAAGCGAUAACAUUGGAUGUUGGACAUGGUCAUAGUCAUGGCGGUGGACAUGGACAUUCGCAUGCCAUCGCUGACGACAUCUCUGGGAGCAAUUCACAAAUUAUGCGUGGAGUUUUUCUACAUAUAUUAGCCGAUACUCUUGGCUCUGUAGGUGUUAUUGUCUCAGCGGUGCUAAUGCAAAUGUUCGGCUGGAUGAUUGCCGAUCCCAUUUGCUCAAUAUUCAUAGCUUUGCUCAUCGCUAUGAGCGUGCUGGGUCUUAUAAAAGAAUCAAUACUUAUACUAAUGCAACGGCAACCAUCAGCUCUGGAUCGUGCGCUGCCCCAGUGCUAUCAAAAGGUGACUGGAUUGGCAGGAGUUUACGCUGUGCAAGAUCCUCACUUUUGGACAUUAUGUUCGGAUGUCUAUGUGGGUGCAAUUAAAUUAGAGGUUUCCAAAAAUGUAGAUCCCAAAUAUGUGGUGACGCAUGCGCGCAUGAUCUUUGAGUCUAUUGGUGUUAAACAAAUAUAUAUACAGUUAGAUUAUGUAUGAUAAUGACCGACUAUAACGGAUUGCAUCUGACCGACAUAAUAAUCUAUGUGUAUAUCUUAAAUCCAUUAAAUGGGGAUUAAGCAUAUGAGAACGAAACUUGUUUAUUCUUUAAAUACUUAAAGUAAGCUCUAUGCAUUUCUCCGCAUUAAAUUAUUAGUAAGUUACUAAUUUGUCAUGUAUAGGAUAUUUAUAGAUAAUUUAGAUAAAUUUUCCAAAAAAAGAUUUAUCAAUGAAAUCAUGUUUUCUACUAAUUUAUUUUUUAAUAUGCGUUUGUAACAGAUUUUGUUAGGUGUAGUAAUAUUUAUUUUAAUAUGAUUGUGUGAAUGUACGAAAUAAUGAAAUUGAGUAAUUACGAAAAUCUUGAGUAUUCCUUUAUUAAGGAUCCUAUUUAAUGAAUUAUUUUAGUGAAACCAUUCCAAUUCAAGAAUUAGUCGAAAGUUGAUCAACAUUAUUUUAACUACAACGAGUGAUCAAAUCCUUGAAUAAUUUCGCGCAGUAAUUAUUACGCAUAUACAUGUAAAAAAAUACACGUAUUUAAAUGUCUUUAAGUACAUAAUUAUAAAGUCAUCAUUCGAUUUUGACGAAGCUUAACAAUUAGAUAAUUAAAACAGUGUAUAUUAAACGAUAUGAUGUACGUAUUACAAACUUAUACAAGAUAAAAAUAAAAUUUAUACUAAGAAAUCGACAUUCAUCUGUAUUCAAAUUAUCAAAAUAUGUAAAAAAUUUCACAAAAUCCUAAAUCGACCACAUACAUAUAAACAAUAUAUACUCAUCUAUUGGGGUCGAUUGAUUUGGGUAAGUUUAAGAACUUACCGAUAAUGGUUGUAUAUUUUUAAAAGAUAUUUUUUCCUACAUGGUACUCACGGUUUGAGUACAUUUAGCGAUAUACAUACGUAUGUGCAUAUGUACGCAACAGAUGGAUGUAUUGAUUGUGCAUAUUUUUAUUCCACAGUCAUGUAUUUAGCUACGAAUACAAACAAAAGUAAAUAGCAAAUACAAAUACACACCCCGCAUUGUUGUUGUGCCAUACUUUCAUAUAUUAUUAUGCGCCAAUGACCUUUCUUUGUGGUUGUACUGAAAAAUUAGCACAGAUAGAUGUUUCUUAAAAUUAAAAGUUGUUGCUUAUCACUUGAAUAGAUCCCGUCUAUCUGGGAAGCGAAGAUAUUCCGUGCUUCGCCAUUUUGUUUGCACUGAUAUUGACUGCAACAGUGACGCGGAUUGCCGACGCCACAAAUUUUUGCCAACGACCUAAUUACCUUGUUGAGGUUAUGUACAGACACACAUUUGAUGAAAAUGAAAAGUCGUUUUUGAUUGUUUAUGGUUUUCUUUAAUUUGUCCGUAACGUUAUUUUGCGUAUUUUUUAAUAUAUUUUUUCAAAAUAGCAGUUUCGUUUUUUUACAAUAAGCAGUUUUCAUCUUUGUUGUAUCUUCUUACUUAAACAAAUUAAUAAUAAAAACCAAAAUUUGUAUAAAAAUUACUCGAGUAUACGCUGCAGAAUGUUUUAUCUUUUACAAACCUACCAGAUCGUGCAGUAAAGCAGCAUAGAUGGAGAAGUGUUAUUGAUGAUUCGUAUAAAAAUUAAAAUACAUAAUUGUUUUUAGUUACACUGAAGAGCAUUACGGUUUUACAGUUUAUAAUAUUCAAAAUUUUACCAAAAAUAUAAGUGAUACAUCUUAAAUUCGCCUUUGAUCUGAACAAUAUGUCAAAGAAAUCUUUACAAUUUCAACUAAACGGUAUUUACUAAACAAAAAAAUAAUUAUUU